AUGAGAAGUACCUUUUAUGCCCUCCGUCGGUGGUCUAUUCACCGGCGAUGCCCUGGUCACCGACAGAGGGAUCGUGCGCGUGAUGGGGCCCACUUGAGGGGCAGAUCCAGGUGGGCUUGGGGUUCGGGCCGCAGCUUUUGGGCCGGGCCAUCUUUCAGGAUUUGUUUCGGGGGCAUUCUAUGCUUUACAAUUUAACCAAAAAAGAAAAAAAACCUACCCACAAGUUUUCUUAAGAAUAUAAAAAUUCUCAUCGAAAUCUUCAUGGGAAUCUAAUUGUAGAGGGUGAGAGAGAGAGUCAUGGCGAUUCUUCCAAUAAAUUAGUUAAUUCGAACUUGAAAUAUAAGAGAGUAAAUCAAUAUUAGGAGUCUAAGUUGAGUUUGUAUUUAUAAUUAAUUUAUUUUACAUUAAUGAUAGGGCGUUUCAAUGGGCCAGGCCUCGACCUCGACAGGGGUAGUAGACCAGCGCAAAAGUCCAGAGCCCAUUACACGACAUACAUCCUCCUAAAAUCACGUCUCUCUCUCUCUCUCUCUGUCCCCUUCCUCCUCAAUAGAUUUAUAAUUAAAUUUUAUUUUAAUUUACAGAGGAAGCAAUGGUCCUGGCCUUAGCGUGAACGUGGGAAGGACCUGGCCCAGAACUUUAUGGCCCAUUAAGCCCUGCAUACGUUCCCAAGAUCAUCACACAUCUCUCUCUCUCUCUCUCUCAAUCGAUUUACGAUCUUAAUUUGCAUUAAUUCAAAAGGGAGCCGAGGGGCAGCGUGCGCUAGUAAGUAUUCUUCUGAUAGUUUAAUGAGAAAAAUGAGCCAGAUUGUUAUCGACGCGUCAGCGAGAGGUUUUGACCUGUGCCAGCAACUGGAAUAGAUCCCGGCUACCUAACCCUCGCUUUCCUUCGCCAGCGGCGAUAGCGAGAGCCGCAGUGAAGCUUUCAAGGCCGGCAGCUAUGGCGUCCCCUCAGGCGCACAAAUUGCCAAGACGCCUACGAAAUCCAGCUAUCAGCGGUGGAUUAAGAAAGGGGGUGUCGGUUGGGGCGUCUACCUCCGCCACCGACGGCCCGGUUUUGCGGCGGCACAGGGAGACCUGACCACGUGUACGGCAAGGGGGCAGGGUGAAAGGAGAAGUGAGAAAAUGGCCGCCAUGGGGGAAAGAAGAAGUGAGAAAGAAUCCAUCCGUGAAUAUAGGCGCUAUAUAGGAGAAGGAAAAACAUAAAUGGGAGGAGAACCUGGAAGGAGGAGCUCGGCAUGGCGGUCGGCUAUUCCGGCUAAGAAUAAUAAGUCCUGGGUUGUCUUAGCAAAGCGGAAGAAGGGGGUGGUUUCAUUUUUUCACUGCGCCGCACCGCCUGACUUGUUACUGUUGGGCUCAAAGACGAAGCGCAGUAGCGACUCCUUGAUGGGCAGCAACUCGGGGAACUCGGUCUUCAACUUGGAGGCGUCCAAUUCAUUGUUGCUUCGAGGCGCGACGAUGACCUUGGCCUGCUCCUCCAGGGUGAAGUUGGACCAGGUGAAGUCCGGAUCGAUGUAGGUUUUGUACAUCUCCAGAAUCUCGUUGUGGCUCACGACGCCGGGGUUUGUGAAGUUCCAGAUGCCCCGGCAGUUCCUCUUAGCCAUCUCCACCGAAAUGGGAAGGAGCUCGUCCAGGACCGUCAUGCUGUUCGGGAUGUUCACCACCUUGCUGUAGCGAGAAAUCUUUGUGAUGAAAUUGCGCGGAUUGGAGAGGUCGGAUGAGAUGGGCAUUCGGACUCUGAGAGUGCAGACGUUGUCGUAUUCUUUUAAGAGCUCCUCAACCUGUUUUGGUUGUCAAUAAAAAUAAGACAAAUUGGUCAGAGGAUGGAAACUUCGAGGGUGCAGAAAGAAGCGAGAAGGAGAUUAGAUACGCUUGAGCAGAGAGUACGAGAAUAUUAGUUAAUUAAUUAAUUAAUUACCAUGGCCUUGGUUUUUGAAUAGAACGAGCCGACGAAAUUAGGCUUGUCCUCUUCUUUGAAUCCUUUCCCGAAGCCCUCAGGGUGCUCGGCAUCGUACUCAAAUAUACACCCAGUGGCAAAGUUCAUCAUCAACAGCCCAUUUUCCCUGCAAACAUCAGCCAGAGUCAAAGUACCUGCGACAUUAGCGCGGAUCGUCUCUGGCUUGUGGGACUCGCACCAAUCAACAUUAGGCCUCCCAGUAACUCCGGCAGCAUUGAAAACAUGGGUCGGCUUAAUGUUCUGAAUAUCGGCCAACAACGAGGCUCGGUCUUCCAAACGCCCUUUACCAUAUUCAAAUGGGAUCCCUUGCUUCUCGCAAAUCUUCCCAAGGAGGCCACCGAUCCAUCCAGUCCUUCCAUAAAUCAAAAACUUGAAGGAUGGCUUACGAGGAAUACUGUUGCUCUUGGAAAUGGGAACAACCAUUCUUUUCUGCCCUUGGUCACCAUUGGCUAGAGAAAAUAUACCUUGUGCUUCGUCAGUUCCAUCGAACUGCCUUUCUAUCCCUGGCAUCAUCAGCAUCCUGGGGUGUGGCAACAGAGCUCCAGAGACAUCACCCCACCAAUCAGGAUUCUUUGUGUACCAUUCCAUUGUCAAUUUCAGUCCCUCUUUCCAAGACGUGCGUUCUGACCACCCCAAGUUCUUCAGCUUUUGGUCAUCCAGAAAGUACCUCUGGUCAUUAAAAGGCCUGUUCUCCACAAACUUGAUGACAGACUCGGGAUCAGAAUUGAAAAGGUUACAGAUAUCCUUUGCAACGUCGAUCACCCUUCUCUCCUUUUUAGUCCCAAUGUUAUAUACAUGCCCAACUUCUCCUCGGUGAAGAACAACUUCAAAAGCCUCAGCCACGUCCUCACAGUAGAGAUAGCUCCUCACAUUUGAGCCAUCCCCAUGAAUGGGAAGGGGCAUUCCUUUCAUGGCCAGCAGGAUAAACUUUGGAAUGAGUUUCUCAGGGAAUUGAUUCGGUCCGUAGACAUUGUUACCUCGGGUGGUUAUGACAGGCAGACCAUAUGACCUUCCAUAAGCCAUAACAAGCAUCUCGGCCCCAGCUUUCGUAGCAGAGUACGGAUUUGUAGGGAGAAGCUGGGAUGCCUCAUGAUUACCAACCACCGCAUCCUCAUCUGUCUCUCCAUAGACCUCAUCGGUGCUAACAUGGAUAAACCUUUUGAUCUGGCCAGUGACUUUGCAGGCCUCGAGGAGAACAUGGGUACCAUAAAUGUUGUUCUUUGUGAAUUCAAAGGAAUUGCCAAAGGAGUUAUCCACAUGAGUUUGUGCAGCAAAGUGCAUGAUGGUAUCGAUAGACUCAGUUAUGAGGAGGUAAUUGACAAGGUCAGCACUUGCUAUGUCACCCUUGACAAACUUGAAUUUUGGAGAGGAGCGAGAAGGAAGAAGGUUCUUCAGAUUUGAGCAGUAAUCAAGUUUGUCCAGAACAACAAUCUUAUACUCUGGAUAGUUCCGUACUAGGCGGUUGGCCACAUGAGAUGCAAUGAAACCAGCUGCACCAGUGAUCAGGAUAUUUUUCGGUGUGUAUGCCAUCUUCUCCAUGCCCUGAAAACAAAAAAAAUCCGAAAUAUUCGAAAAGUGAAUUAGGGGAAAAAAUUGAAUGAAAGCUAAAAUAGGUUCUGAAAAAGACCAAGAAUCCAAAAUUCAACGAUACAAUCCUUACGAUUUGAUAUGGUCGUCUAAGAAACAGUAAUUGAACUUUCAUCUUGCCUUACAGAGAUUAUUUAAAAGAUACUAAAAUCAUUUUAGUAAAAAAUUUUAGGGGCGAUUUUCAUAAAUUAAAAGCUUUGAAUACUCUCCUGGUAUUCUCCGAAUGAUAAAGAUUGUAUUUCCUUCAAUCAGAAAGGGUCAAAAAUCUACACAAGUCAAGCUUGGAAAAAUAAUUCGGUUGAAAAACUAGCAGUUGCUUCAGAAAGAAUACAAACAGCAUCAACACGUAAUUGGUGAUCGAGCGAGGAGAAACUUUUCACUUGAAGUCUGCUGGGGAAGCAAUAAGACGAAUAUAAUCUGGUCAAGAAAACAUGUCUUACUGGCCACAACCAGACAAUCAUGAAGCCCGGAAACGCGCUUAAGAUAAUUGGAAGAAUUUAUAAUACUAAAUAAUCAAACAAAUAGGACGAAACGUCAACACCAAUUUUUAACUGUUUCAAAUAACGUCCGGAGAAACUCCUGCGAUAAUGAAAUAAAUUAACAAGGACUGAAUUCAGAUCUAUGCAUGACCAACGAAAAGAAAAAAAAUAUUCAUAAAUCAAGUUAUGUGUUCCACAUAUCCGAAUCGGAUAAAAAAGAUGAUUUCCUGAAGAUCGGCUUCGUGGCAGCCGCCCGAAUAGAAGCAGUUAAGCAAAUGCAAAUGCUCAAACCAUGACAGGAACUGAUCCGAUCAAAAUCAGAUAGAAAACAGAGUGAGGGAGGGAGAGAGAGAGAGGGAGAGGAAGGGACGUGGUGUCCCAUGAUUCCGAAUACUCUUCAUCAUUUCGCCUCAGGCAUAAGCCGAUCGCAUGCAGAAUGAAUCUACUGAGAUCUUGAAAAUAAAUCCUCAAAAAACUCCGAAAAGAAGCAAAAAAGAAGCAGGGCGAACCAGAUAACGCCCACUGCCCUGAUCUGAUAAAAAAAUGUAGAAAGAGAACGAUAAUUGUACAGAAAGUGGUAUUUCUAGAUUCCCCCACGCAUCACCGACACAGCAUUCCGGUUGCUGGAGACAGAUGUGAUGGAUCCUCCUCCAGAUCUAGCGAUCACCAGCGAUACGGAGCUGGGGGGGGGGGGAAUCAAACUCAAACGAACACACGAAGACGGAAGAAAUGCACGACAAAUGGAGCCCCAAUUCGCCCAAUUUCAUGAGGGAUCCCGCAGAAUUACUUGCUAGCAGUCGCCGGCGGAGAAUGGACCAGGCCGGAGCGGAGGUCGGGGGCGGAGCCGAUCCUUGCUUGCACACGGGGUAGAGACAAGAGUGCGGGGGAGGGGGUUCGGAGGUAUAAGUACUGCAACGGACACCGUUCCUGGCGAAUGAGAGUGGCUUACAGGGGCGCACGCGUCUAAUUGUAGCCAUCCUAGUGCCUUCAUUAAAAAAUAAUUAACCACAGAACUAGGCAAUUAACAAGAUAAUUAAAAUAUAAUAUAAAUAGAAGGUGUCCGUUAAAUGCUGGCGGUGAAUACCGCGCGUUUUGACCCGGUCAAAAAAAAUUGUCGGUCACGCGGUCGGCCGCCAUACGUGCGGAUGUUAAAUUAUUUCCAAGAGUUAUCUAUUUAUGGUAUUAACGCCCGAUUUUAUCUAUUUUCACCGCGGAGUGUUACAUUAUUUAUAGCGCCUUGAAUGCCCCCUUUUUAAUGCUUAGCCAGACGUGGGCCGGGCGAAACUUGUUGUGAAACUAACCCUAAUAAAAUCACACCCGCCAAUUAUGCGCAAAUAUGUGAUAGGAAACUAAUUAGCAUGUGACACCCCCCACCCCCCGGAGAAUCAUAGAGAAUCAACCCUAAUGCGGCGUCAGAAUUUGAUCAUUUUGUUUGACGACCUCGUAAUUAAUUUUCCUAUUUAUUUUCUAAAAUAUAAAUAUAUGCGGGGCCGCAGAUUUUUAUAUAGUUUUUUUUAAAUACAAUAUGUAAAAGCCCGCAGAGCUUUAUAUAUAUAUAUUUUAGAAAAAUACAAUAUAUACGGCGUGAAGUUGGGCGUCACACCCAAUCUCACGCCAGGAAAAAAGGAUUUUUUUUUUAUUUGGCCCCGAAGCCCAGAAAUUAAUAUCACCGCCCCCUUAUAUUCCCCCGUAGAAAGUUAAUUUUACUUUAAUAGGGAUUACCGCGAGAGUUAAUUAAAUAGCUGACGAGUGACGGAUUUGGGAGAGCAAACGGCCGGCUGUAGAUGCCGAUAACGGCGACUGUUUUCAAAAGGAGACCAUCUGGGCCGUUACCGUGGGGUUCGACAGGUCAGGCCGGUCCAUUACAGUGGCUCCAAACUGUGUGUGGAUCGGGGCGAGGAGCAUUGGAUCCUGAGACGGAUAGGGGUGAGGGAGUCCUCCGCAGGUUGGAAGAUCUUGAUCCUGCCGGGGUUUUUGUCGAAUCCUGCGGCGCCUGUGCCUGCAUCGCGAAGCAGGUAGCGCACUCUUUCUUUUUCUUUUUCUUUUUAUUUUUCUUUUUCUUUUUAUUGCGUCGCCUUCGAUUUUACUGCCCUCAGCGGAAAAGGAAUUCCACUGGGGGACCUUUUCCUCCGCACUGUUCUUCCUUCCAGCCGCAAACCUGUUGUCAUGCUUUCCUUCUUCAGCGUCUGUUUUCUUUCUUUCCCUCUUUCCAACGACUAUAUUCUCGCGCCUCUUGUUGAUAAUUCGUCCUGCUCAGUUUUCCUGUCGCUGAAUCCCGGACAGAGUCUGGUUCUUCUCAGUCUGUGUGAAUUACUGUUGUAUGACUUCCAGUGGGUCUGCAUGUAGAGAGAGAUGCGUCGGUCCAGAAUCGCGUUGAUAGAAGACAUUUAUAUUUGACAAAUAGCGUAAUAGAUUUGAGCGACUCUCGGAUUUCUGAUUCAUUGCUUCUCUAUCCAGAGUCCUGAAUGUAAACUUCAUAAUUGAACAAUUUCUUCCAAAAUGUGGAAGCGGCCACGGAAACAGAUCGAGUUGUUCCACGCGCCAAGAAUAUGUCGCGCAGGCGCUCUAAUAUUUUCAGUCUCAAUCCUGACUAUCUUUAUUAUACUUACCUUCAAGAAUAAAAGGGUGUCUAUUUACCCUUCUGAUUCCCAGCAUUUGAAGUGGAACAGCUUCUGGUCCUCUCUCCAGUUCCAGCCCACUGUGGAGUUUGUGAAUGGAACCGACAUAAUAUGGCAGAUACCAAAUUCACCCAAGGCUGUGCUUUUUCUGGCUCACGGUUGCUAUGGGCGUGCAGCCAACUUUUGGGACAGGUCCCCGUCAUGUCAGAAUUGCGUUGGUUUGCCCGAAGAAAGACUUAUUGUCCUUCAAGCACUCCAUCAGAAAUAUGCAGUCCUGACUAUUUCCAGCGUUGGGUCAUGUUGGUCUUUUGGAGAUGAGGAAAGACGAGUUCGAAGAAUCAUCCAGUGGUGGGUUGGGAAACAUAAAAUUGAGAAACUUCCAAUUCUGGCUCUUGGGGCUUCUUCUGGGGGUUAUUUUGUUUCAGCAGUGGCUAAAGACAUGAAGUUCAGCAGCAUCGUACUUAUGAUUGCCGAAGGACUUUUUGAUUCUAUGGAUGUACCAUCCGACUACCCACCCACGCUAUUUGUUCACAUGCCUAAGGACCGGAUUAGAAAGUUGCGGAUAAAGCGGAGCAUGGAAUCACUUAGGAACAUGGGUGUUCCUGUUGACGAAGUUGAGUGUAAAGGUUUCCCGUUAACCCCAAAAUUCUUAUCGGAUAGGAUCCCCAGUCUGGAUGAGACAUUUUCUGUUAAAUUGUUUGAGCUGUUCCGUGAAAAGGGUUUCAUUGACGAGAACAACUAUAUGAAGAGUGAUGGGCGUGCAACUCAGUGGAAGGAAGCUGUCAAAGAAAUAGAACCUUCUGCUGAUGAUCAUGAAUGGACAGAUCAUGUUCAGGAAGAGCUGAAUCUUGCAUUUGGAUACCACGAGAUGACCAGCCUGCAAAUGGAGGAUAUCAUUCGCUGGUUUGAGUCUCACUUGAGCGUCACUUGAGCAGAUUGAAAGCCCUGAAUGCUUGAUUUAGUGAGUUCUCGCAUGCUACAGUCAUGGAUGGCCGCUGAGUUGCAUUGUACAAAAAAAUUCUAUAUUCCAUUAUGUGAAAGGGUAUUUAAUGGGCCAUCAUCUGAUCUGACCCAUUAUGUGGAUGGUCAAAGAUAUCAGCUAAUUCCAUUCAAUUAGCUUGCAUUUCCGGAGCGAUUUUUGUGGGAAGAAGUGCAGACGCUUUUCCAGGAACUGAGAAUUUCUCAAAUGAUAGUAACUCAAGUAUACGGCUUCAAUCAGCAAGCUGUAUUGUUGAAUGCGUGAUGAUAUCUUCGAUUGGUGGCUUCUCUUUUGUUUUUUAGUACUCGUUGACAUGUUUGGCCUUACUAUCCUUUUUCAACGUUUUAUGAAGAGAAUUUCUAUAAAUAAGAAAUAUAUCUUGCCUUUUGUUUUGGGACUUGGAUCAUUACUUUUUAAAGGAAUGCGGACAACCCAAACUUAGAGAGUCAGUGAAGUCAGAACAUUAAGAAUCUUGCACGAUAGGCUUAGGUCUAGCUAUGCUGGGAAACUUGAGGGUCACUUCUUGAGUCUUAAAGCCUUCUCCUUAGAAGCUGUCUUCUCUUCUGCAGCUGUUUCAGAACGGUCUCCGUAUUGACAUUUAGGUGACUCAUGGAGCAUUCUCAUUUUUUAGGACAUUGGUCGCCAUGGACCUGCUGUGGUUUUAUUGAUCCUGGUACCACUCUUUACAUCACCCUAACCUGUUUCUGCUACUUGUCAAAAUAUGCCAUAUUUUCGCCCAGAACAGUCAUCUACAAGAGAUGGAGGAAAGCCCUCUUCCUUUACACCGAUACUCAAGACCGUGAUAUGUUGAAUAACAGGAAGCCUGGGCCAGCGUGGAACCCUAAUCUUGGGAGCCCAUCAGGAUCGACAACCGGGCCAUGACCAAGUUUGAAGCCCCCCCAGGCCUGGUUCUUCGUCUGAGAUUCCUGCACUUCGAAAAAAAAAGGGGAUGCAGCUCUACACUACCCGGGCAAGAUUUUCAAUUACCCACAGAAACGUUUUACAUUUGCAUGCCGUAUUGCUGGUAACUCUGUGCAAGCUCAACCAGUUCUUCCCUUUCAUCUUUCAAGAUAUGAGAUCCGUCCAGGGCCAAUCGUCAUUGUUUCUAUUCCCUUUCACCUCAUUGUUUUACGAUAUGAAAUACUUGAGCCAAAUGGCUCUUUUUUCUUUUUCUUCUACGUGUGGGGAAAUUUCUUUGAUUUUCUGUGUUGUAGGUUGCAAGCCCAGAUGUCUACAUUCCCCGGCUGCUCCCUCAUCGCAUCUCAUCUUCAGUCUCUGUCCAAGACGAGGGGUUGACGGACUCUGCUCCCCAACACAAGUCUGCGUAGCUAAGUAGCUGAGAUCAUGAUCCCAUAGGGGGAGCUCUCAGUAAAAUAGGAAGAAACAUCCAGCAUUGGCUCCGCAGGUUUGAGACUCAAGAUUGCGUCGUGAUCUUCAUCACCUCAGGAAGUCUGAACCGUCCGAUGGAUCGGAUCUUUAAUGGAUGCGGCAGCCCCACUCGAAUCACGGAUCCAAUUAAUGCCGGUCGUCAUGACCGCAAAAAUCGCUGUCUCCUACCCCGGCACGCCCACCCGUGUUCCCCCGGGAGUUAAUGCGGCCUUCGGGGCCACAUGAAAAGCUGAGGCGGCAACAGUGCCCGACGAACGCGGCCUAUUUGUCGGCCCAUUGGGCCCAGCUAACUUUCAGUUUAGACGGCGCCCCCUGGAGUUAUAUCAACGGGCUUGGCGAUGUGAAUGAAGAAGGGCACUGCACUUCUGAGGACGCAAACUAUCUGAGGGGCGCUUCUACACAAGAUUACGACAGGACGCGAGUCACCGGUCGACUCGGGAGUAAUAUCAAUCCAGAGACCGCGACAAGCUCAAACCCUAUUUGGGGAAGAAGAAAGAGAAGAGGAAGGCAAAGAGGAGAAGAAAAGAAGCAGAAGUGGAAUGGGAGAAACGGAAGAGGGAAACAGGGAGGAGUCCCAUGCAGAGGGAAAGCUUAGGGGAAAAGAUAAAAAGAGGCUGCCUGGCAAAAGGUUGGACUACUUGAGGCGUCCCUCGUUGGCGCGCUUGAAGACCUGAGCUUGGGUGGCGGCGGCCUGGUCGGAGACGAGAGCGUUGGCGAAGGCGUCUCUCACUUGCGAGGUGCUGAAGGCGAACUUCUGGUUAACGAGGGAGUUGAGGAAGGCCGCUGUGCCCUCGCGGUAGAGGUCGCCGAGGCCGUCGCUGCGGGUGUUCUUUAGGGCGUCUAGCAGGCUAAGGUUAGGCGUUGCCGGCGGGGUCAAUCCAAGCAUCCUCCCGAUCGUGUUCCAGUAGCCGCAGAUGGCGAAUAUCGCUUGAGGGUGCGUCCUCCAGUAGCUACGGGAAGAAACCCACAAUGAGCAAAAGAUAACGUGCAUGAUAUAUAUAUAUAUAUAUAUAUAUAUAUAUAGAGAGAGAGAGAGAGAGAGAGAAGCUUACUCGCACGUGCCGGUGAAGAACGGUGGAAGACCGGGGCUGGGAAGCCACGUCGAGGGGGGCAUGGGGAUGCCUGGGAUGUAGGGAGUUCCUGGGUCGAUAGUGACAGGAGGGGUGCCCCCACCGCCGCUUGGUGGGGUGUAGGUGCCGCUUCCGCCGCCGCUUGGGGGAGUGGUAGUCCCAGAGCCGCUGCCGCCGCUGGGUGGUGAGGUGUAGCCGCCACCGCCGCCGCCAGGUGGGGAGGAGUAGCCUCCACCUUUUCCGUGGGAAGGAGUCGGGCAGGAUGGCUUCCCCUUGGAAGAAGCUGCAUGGUGAGUACACUAGUUAGAUAAUGUCAAUGCCAUUACAUUAGUGAGAUAGAUAGAUAUAUAUAGAGAGAGAGAGAGAGAGCCCCGCUUACACUUAUGAGGCCUAGGAGAGUAAGCCUUGUCGUCUUCGAGGGAACCUAAGUUGCGGCUGCACGCAACAUUGUUUACCAACGUCUGGGACAGCAGGACUGCUACCAAAGCCCACAAGAGCAGCUUCGUGCUGCUGUGCCACUCCGCCAUGCCCAGAGCUCGAGCGGUUCAGAGAGGGAGGGUGGGGUGCCGAAAGGAAGAAGAUAGGCAGGGGAAAUAACGCCUCAGAGUGGCAAGUGCAGUCGGCUAGGAUUGAGCGCAUGUAUAUAUAUAUACACGGGGAGUGGAAAGCUUUCAUUGAAAACCCUGUGCAUUGCCAUUAAUGCUGGCAGGGGAAAGGCAGUAUGAGGUUAGUUGUCAUGCAGCAGGUGCAUUCAAAAGGGUGUUCAUAAGACCCUCCGUCCAGCGCAUGAAGGAAGCUUAGACAUGGCUAAGAGAGACAGAAAGAGAAGCCGCAAUGAUCCUUCUUCUAUAAAUCAAGCUUAGAUUCAUUUCCUUGCUAGUCCCUUUGAUGCCAGCUAUCCGUAGACCUCCGCCACCUCUUCUCCUGCUGGAAACCCCCCUCUCUAUCUAUCUAUCUCUACAUGUGGUGAAGGUCAGUGAGAGAAAUGGAGUGUAUUGAAUUCCUUCAUAAUUAGCUCAUUACUCACCCACAAGACAUUUGGCCACCUACCACCCGUCCCCAUCACGCGUGUAUCUACGAGAGCCCGCUCUCCUCAUGGCGCUCCCACUUAAACGGCCAUUCCUGGCUCCGCCGCUGCACAGUCUCGCAAUUGUGGACUGUCGACGGUCUAACGGCGGUUGUCGAGGAGUCCUCCGAGUACAUAGAUUUACGACCGCCGGAUUGGAUUCGCUCCCCGGAUGAUCAUAACCCGAUGCCCACUUUGGGAAAGGGCGUCGAUCAUGGGACGAAGGUCCACUUGUGAGAAAUACUCGUCAUUAAGAUGCGGCCCAGAUCAACGGGUAGUCCCCUCGGAUGAUUAAAAGCGCCAACUUUGACGACACUGAUGUAUGUUGGUAUGAAGACCAUUUAAGGAACAAUAUCCCCUUUUCUUCUGAGAAAAAAAAUAUCACAGAGGAUGUGGCGACGUUGGAUUGGAGAGGAUCAGUGAAAAUUGACCGCAUAGAUCUACCAGGUGACAUGACUUGUGAGACGAAUACGCUUCUCCUCCCCGCGAUAGAGCCCAUUGAAGACAGGGACGAAGGGGACAAGAAGAUGAGAGAGGACGAAGCGGUUUGAGGACCGGGGGGUUCCCUGAAGAGGUAACUCCAAAGAUUUACGUUGCUGACAAGGUCUCACAGAUUUAGGUAGAGAUGGCUUCCAAGGCUUUAUGAAUUAGAAUCCAAGCAAUACUGUACGACUUCACGGGGGCGCGGGGGGGUAUUGAGAGGCCAUGGGAGGAGUCUUGUGAGAAGGUCAUCUCCCCUACUGCAUGUGGGAUGAUGGAGGCCCCCUCUCCGGAUCAACAUGUAGGAGCGGAGGGAUCUAGCUUCCCCUUAUUCGUGGAAAAUAGCCUUCGCAUUAAUGCUCUGCCGGAUUAACUGCAUCGCGUACGGAAACCGCGUUGGAUGCGCAGGAACUGAAUUAAUUUUUUGCAUUUGAUGUUAAGCUAUAUAUUUGACCAACUAAUUGAGAUUCGGCGGGUAUUAACGAUUAGGAAUACGAGGGCCACCCCGUUCCGAGACAUUCCGAUCGCCUGAGUCCCUUUCAAGUAGUGGAUGAGAAGUCUCGGGCCACCAUGCUCCGGGCUGGAUUCGUUCCUACGAAAUAAUGUCAUUAGCCCGGAUAACCCCCUCCCCCGCACAGUCACUACCCUAAUGCAUGUGGUAUAUAUAACACAUACACACAUAUAUGUACAUAUGUACAGAGAGAGAGAGAGAGAGAGAGAGAGAGGGCCUAUAAUUAUGGUCGUUGUAGAGCCAGGUGCCGAUCAAAACGGGGGCUUCAUCUGAACUAAGACUUGGGCAGCGAUGGCCAACUCAGGAUCCGAGUUUAUUCGGGUAACGUGGCUCCAAGUGAGGGGGUAUAGUUCUUCUGUAUUGGAAUUUUCACUGUUAAUCAAAUUUUCCUAAUUGAAAAAACAGAAAAUAUUAUCUACGAUCAAAAUGCCAUGGGGUAAGGGGAAGAAGUACAGACGCUGCAUGUUUACGACGAAGCCUAGCUUUUACUGGAACAGAAAGCAGCUGGAUUGGCCAUAGGAAGAAAACAGAAACUCCCAUAUUCAUGAGGGUUCCAGCCUGCGCUUCAACUUCUUAACUCUUUUGUGUGGACCCUCUUGCGCCCCAAAGCUUCCUAAGCUGGACCCAUACACGCAAUCUUCUUGUUAAAUGUUUUUUACCCGUAAAAUGCGAUUGAGAAUUCUAACAGACGUACGUGACAUUUAAAAAUGUGAGACCUUCAUGGCACUCGACCUUCAUCACCCAAACACCCUGACUAUUCUUGCUCACCGCGGAAGACCACCGACAACCUUAUGCUAUCAAUGUCACACCUAUUCAUAAUCAUCUGUUGCCAUCAACGCACAAUUUCAUGUUGUUGACUAUCACGACGAUCUUCCAACUACCUCAUAUGGUCACAUGAGCUAUUAAUGCAAAUAUGUUGAUUCUAUAAUUAUGACUUGAUGCCAAAAAAUAAAUAUUUUUUUAAUAUCUCUGAUACUUAAUUUCAUCAGGCAACAAAUUUAUCUGACGUUGAGACUUCAUCCUCGUACUCAUUCAAUCGUAGCCGUUGGCAUCAUCUUUACUUGUGAGAAGUAGCAACAUGAUGGGUCUGGCCUGUGUAUGUGCUCGGGGCCAAACAUAAGCCCGAAAAUGUACCUCGGGCCACACAUGUACUGAUACCAUGUCCAGCCCGAUCGUCCCUCUAUUCGCCAUCGAACAGAGAUAAAUGAAGUCAGUCAACCAUGCGUGUAAAGAAAGACAUAGCAGUGAGAAUGGACUCUGGGAACAUGUCGAGACUCGGGCCGGCUUAUUUUCUCGCUCUACAUGAUUUUGGAAGUCCAGGUAAAUUACCGAGUUCGAGUCAGAGUGAACUCUGAACGUACCGACGAUUUUAAAUUAGUCUGGCAAAUGCACCAUUUAGUGCACAGUGAAACGAUUCGUGCUGACACACUUGACCUCACCAGCCCAAAGAUCUCGAUGGAUGCAGAUAUGGGAGGUGACAUUCUUUCAUUCAUUACAGUGUCUUGUUCCUUGCUAUCACUAAAUGCUGCGACAGAGGAGUAGUUGGAGGUCCUUAAAAGCGACCAGCCAGGCUGGUCUUCAUGCCGGGGAUUUAUUUCUGUUAUUUCCCGGCCAUCGAACGGUGGCGUACAGUCCGCGAGGCCCCAUGCACGUAUCCAAGUUACAUUAAUGAUGCCCUUUGGCCUGUUGACCGCCGGCCGCUGCCUGCUGGAGAACAGCUGUGUACUCCGCUUACCGUUCCUUCGUCAUCUACGACCACUAUGUUCCCUUGAUGAGGAGGGUUGUUUAGUACGUCUAUCUUUAUUAUUGAGUAGAUCUCCUUUUCGCGAGAUCUAACGUAGAGUAAUGGAUCAUACGCCGCCAAACAUUUCUAAAUGACCAGUUAAUGAGCUGGUCCAGCAGAAUAUAUAUGUACCCAACUAACCGUACAUUGCUGGUUGGCCAUAUAAUUCUCUAUUUAAGUUCACUAAUGUCCGUAAUCAGGGGUGACAAUGAGAUGGUUAUGCCCAUCAAUACCAGAUAAUGGUCACCGCGGUCUCUAGAUUAAGGAGAAUAUUGGGCACUUUUGUGCUCGAUUACUGGGUAGAUCUCUCAUUAGAUCUUGUAUAGAAUAAUGUGGUCAUACCUGGCCAAUGAUUUUUAAAAUUGCUUUGUUAAUCUACCCUACGAACAAUAGUUUUCAGGUAUCCAAAUUGGCGUUUGUUUGAGAGCACCAUAGUGUCCAGAUUUAGGGGUGAGAAUGAGAUGGGGGAAUCCACAGCUUGGUCUAAGUUUAUUCAUUCCGACUAGGGCAUCAGGGACAGAUGUUUGAUUCCCAUGACCCCACUGUGGGUGAUAUGAAGGAAGUUGAUGCUCUAUUAUUGAGUAAAAUUACUUUUCAUGAGGUGAUAUGUGUACUCGGUCACAAUAUCUAAACUAGCCUAUUAACCUGCUUUUCCAGCCUGAUGAUUUUCAAAAUAUUGAUCCAAAUGGAUGGGCUAAGGCCUAUAAGAUGGGGUGACAAUAAGAUGGGUUGAUCUAAAUUUUGGUUCACUUUAUCUUUUCAAUUAUAGGGAGUAAAAAUCAGGCAUUGUAAAAAAAUACGAGUCUGGCUUAUUCUUAUUCGAAUCAAAGCCUAAGUUUCAAUAAAAUCUGACCUACAAACUCGAAAGUCUUGUUUUGUUGAGACAAGGAAGAGGGGCUAUGCAUCUGACGAAGUUCAGACGUCAUCUAGGCCUUGACUAAAGCGCAAAAAUUGCCAUUUUGUCUCUAUAGUGCAUAGGUUGAUAACGUGGGCUCAUUCAACUCGAAACCCAUUACUACACUUAGCGAGUAAAGUUUAUAAUAUUUUCAUAGACUUUGUCUAAUGAUUAGAAAUCAAAGAAAAAAUGGGCGGGCAAGGACCAAAUUCCCAUACACACAUCUUGUCGUCGCACUACGGUUCCACCUAUCCACAAGCCAUUCUGACUACGCCCAGUGAAAAAGUUUCUUAUUGGGUCUCAGCCUUGUCAAAGUGAGGGGACAAGGUAACUUGGGAUAGUGAGAGUUUCUUCGAGUCAACUUUAGCUGAUUCAGGCCGACCCAAUCUCUACACGUUGGGCUGCGUUCUGUGGAGCCUAGCUGCCGUCCCGGUCCAGGUUCAGAGAACUACCUCGUCUGGGCCCAGCCCAGUCCAGCUCUUGCCGAACCCAGUCCAGCUCUCCCUCUCCCCAAGCCUACGUGGUAUGUGACCAGUGGUUUUCCAGAACGUUGUGAAACCGGGAUGCCACGUUGA